AUGCAUGCAUGCCACUUUCUCCAGGAGUUUAAGAUGCAUGGGCUGCCGGUUGUUACAUUUCUUCCUGCUCGUUCUACCCCUUCCUCCUCGUGCUCAGAUGCUUGCCUCUGUUGCUUGCUUCUCUUGCUUGCCUCUCUUGCUCAGAUGGUGGUGGUGGGGGAUGACUGUGCGCUGCCGCCGCCUCGUGGGAUUGCUGGGAGAAGAGGCCUCGCUGGGACGGUCUUUGUUCACAAGGUGGCAGGGGCAGCUGCAGAGGAGGGCAAGUCACUGGCCGACGUGGCAGCAGAGGCUCGCCAGGUGGCAGGUGGGGACUGGAUUAGCAUUCACUGGGGCCUGGUGGGCACCAUGGGGGUGGGCCUCUCUGUGUGCACUGUGCCGGGCGGCUUCCCUUCUGAUCGACUCCCUGCCUCCAAAAUGGAACUGGGGUUGGGCAUUGUGAGUGGGGGCGAGUUGGCGGGGGUGAGUGUUGGGGCGGACAUGGGUCCCGGACUCCCGGCAUCUGGCAGGCCUGGUGGGCACCAUGGGGGUGGGUCUUUCUGGCAGUGUGAGUGGGGAGGCAUGGGGCAGGGCAGUGUGAGUGGAGGGAGGGGAUGGCAUCGUGCUGGGCUGGGCAUUCACGGGGAGCCAGGAGCAGCAGUGGUGGACAUGCAGCCGGUUGAUGUCGUCGUUUCUCACAUGCUCAAAACCAUCAACAACCCCGACACGGGCUACAUGCCUCUCAAGCUCGGCAGCAGAGUAGCUCUCAUGGUGAACAGGUAUGGUGAACAGCCUGGGCGCAACGCCAGCUAUUGCAGCAGGCAAGGCUGUGCCACAGCUUUCCCCCCACCUCCCCACCUCUCCCCCACCCCCACCCCAUCCUCUCCCCCCUCACCACCAUCCCCCCAGCCUGGCCUGGGCGCAACACCAGCCAUGGAGGUCAUGAUUGCGGCCGGCAAGGCUGUAGCGCAACUACAGGUGGAGCAUGGGCUGGCAGUGGAGCGAGUGUAUGCAGGCCAUUUCAUGACUUCCCUCGACAUGUCAGGCCUCUCCCUCUCAGUGCUUAAGGUGGACGAUCAAGUGCUGCAGAGGCUAGACGCCCCAACCCAACCUGCACCCCUAUUGCUCAAGGUGGACGAUCAAGUGCUGCAGCGACUAGACGCCCCCACCCUCGCCCCUGCAUGGCCCAACGCCUGCCAAGGUGCCCGUCCAGCUACCAAGGUGCCAGUGCCACUCCCCCCAGCCCCACCAGGCUCUCAACCUGUACGUUUCCCUCCAUCCAUCCUGGCCUUCUGCUAUGAACAAUCAACAGAGGAGCGGCGGGCGGUGCCUGGGGAGGCGCAUUUGAGGGGGGGCGCUCAGGCUGUUCUGGCUCUGGCAGCAUCAGCAUGUGAGCGCCCCAAGGAGUUGACAGAGGAGGGGCGGUGCCUGGAGCGGUGCAUCCGAGGGGGUGCCCAGGCCGUGCUGGCUCUGGCAGUAGACUUGAAUGCCAUGUGCGCGUCCAAAGGAGUUGACAGAGGAGGGGCGGUGCUUGGAGCAGUGCAUCCGAAGGGGCGCGCAGGCCGUGCUGGCAGCAGUGGCAAUCUUGAUUUGAAUGCAGUCGAACACCUGUGCUCCACUCCCCUGUGUCCCACGCGCGCGUGCCUCCACACCUCCCGCUCCCCCCAGGCAUCAGCAUGUGAGCGCCCCAAGGAGUUGACAGAGGAGGGGCGGUGCUUGGAGCGGUGCAUCCGAGGGGGCGCCCAGGCCGUGCUGGCUCUGGCAGCAGACCUGAAUGCAUGGGAUGCCAAGAUUGGCGAUGGGGACUGCGGCAGCACGGCCGUGCUGGCAGUGGCAGCCGACCUGAAUGCAUGGGAUGCUAAGAUUGGCGAUGGGAACUGUGGCAGCACGGUGCGGUGGGAGGGGAUUGAGUGA